UUUGUUCGUUUAACUCAUAUUAUAGUAUAUGCAAGGCAAGCAAGUGAUUAUCAUGCAAACGCAGUGGUCGACAGUCAUCAUGUCCAAACUACCUUUAUUCUUGGCUUUUUUGUUAGUCAGUUUUACGACUUUCCUUCCCUCAGCCAACGCAGCUAGAUAUCUGUCCUGUCCAAAUGGGUGGCUAACAUACGAAGGCUCAAGGUCCUGUUAUCGUCUUGGAGGAACGACAAAGAAGUGGAUUGAAGCACGAAAAGCAUGUUUUGCAAUGGGAGGGGAUCUUGUGAAAAUCGACUCUGCACAAGAAAACAACUACGUGGCGCUUCUUGCACGUACAAUUCCGAAAAACAAUAACUACCUUUGGAUAGGACUUGUUGCAGACAAGAACCAUAAGUUCAUGUGGAUAGAUGGCACCUAUCUAUGUGGGCAUCAGUAUUCUAACUGGCGACCUGGUGAACCCAGCAACGACGGAGGAGUGGAAAAGUGCGGUCAUUUGUAUUUGGAUUCUAUGACAUGGAAUGAUGACACAUGCGUACAAAAACGUCCUCCAUUGUCAUACAUUUGUGAAAAGGAAAAGCCGAAGCAUUUGAACUAAUGUGAGGCUUGGCUAAAGUUAAACUUGGGGUUAAAGGUUUUUAGAAAGUAAAAGAGGUUAAAAUAAGGGAUGUCUAUUAACUAUGAAACAACAGAAAGAUUCAUUUAAAAGAUUUUACUUGAAAGAGUCAAAGUUUGUCGAGAAAGAGAUUUACAGAAGAUUAUGAUGUUAUUAAGCCAUUAAAAAGUUGUCAUUAAAGAUGAAUUAACGGAUCA